UUAGCACAUUGUUGAAGUUCAGCUGACUUUUAGCCAUCGAUUUCAAGCCGGAUAGCAUGGGGUCAUCAGCAUCCCGUAUGUGCGGAACAGGUGCUAUGGGUGUGGUCAAACUUCAUCGGCAACAGGUGAGUGACCCCGCGCCGACCCCGGAUACCGACAGUACAGCGGGGGAGCUGACGGAUGACGACGCCCUUUGUCGGACUGAGGCGCCACGUCAACGUAACCAGGUCGUUGAAAUUGCCGCCACAGGGGGCACAGAAGUCACGUGGUCUGAUUUUGUAUGUAGGGAAAAGGGUAUUGUUGUAGAACAAAUCAUUCCACCCAUCAACACAGCUUACGUGGGACUAUAUUCGUCAAAGAAACAAAAUCCCAAGAUUAUCCAGAGGUUUGAUUCUAUCAAUGACGAUAGUACUGUGUCAGAGUCUAUCACAAACUUUGACGAUAUUGAUGACGACACGGAUGACGUCACGUCUGGGGAAUCUAGCGGGAAUGUGACACCACGUGCAUGUGAUAGCUUUGGAAAAGAAAUCGCUGCAAGUUUGAUUAACGAGUUAUUGGGAAAUCUUGUAAUGGAAAGUACUGAAAUAAAUACGUCGGGAACUGCAGACGUAAACAACACAGAUCCAUGUGAAAUUGAUAAAAACACAACGAAAACGCUGGAAGAUUUUGUGGACAAUUAUGAGUUUGACAUGGCCGGAGACUAUUUGACUGCAAUUGAGAAAGCCAGCCAUACACUGAAUGAAAUAUUCAAUCAAUUUCCAACCCCGAAGGUGUUGCGUGCGGCUCAGGAGGCGUGGGAGGAAAACAGAGUUAUUCCUCCUCGUGAUGAUUCCGGCCGUCCACUUCCUCACCCGUACAUAGCACAGGAGACGGUGGUCGAGUGUGGAAUCGAGGCUGUCGUGUCCAGUCUAAAGGCAAAGACGCUCAAGGAAAAUGUAGGUUUGAAGGAUGUUCUUGCGCAAAUCCAGACGUCGUGUGCCGACAAGGAGGCCGUCAUACGUUGUGUGUUUUCAUUGGUCCAAUUUGCACGGAGAGCAGAACUUGAAGAUUUGAUUGGUCAGCUAAUGAACGGAUGGGUCGAAGAGGACAUACUUCGAGUUCAUGUUUUCAAUCAUAUAUGCAGGUCCAUGGAUAUACCAACUGCAACUAUCAGCGGUUAUCAUAAACUUGACGUAAGUGACGGAACAGAAGACAAACCCAAAUUGUCUCUCUGGUCGGCUGUUCUGCUAAACGAUAUCUGGAAGUACAUCGACACCACAAGACGCAUUGCAUUUCGGGACGAGAAGCACUUAUGGAAGGCAUAUAGACCGUCAUUUUGUACCUCGUGGCUAGUUAGCCCGUUGUGUUUCAUCCAGACGCAUCUUCCAAAGAAACGUUACUGGCAGCAGCUGAGUCGGCCCGUCAGUCGGUCAGAAUGGGAUAGCAUGGUAUUGUUGACUCCACAUUUCUUCUACUAUAACCUUCAACUUCACAGUCAUGACAGAUACGAGAUCCCUUGUGACAGCGAAAGUGUCACGAUACUUUUACGUUACCCAGAGCGGAACCAACUUCUGUUCGAAGCAAAACUUCUGUUUCAAGGUAAUCCCGUGCUGAUCACUCUACCGCAAAACACUUCUAGCACAUUUGUGGAAACCCGAAUAUCUGACAACUCCGAGUUAGUAAUUCGUGUUGUUCCACCUCAUACCGGAGAAUUUACACUUGCAAUAUAUGGACUAGAUAUUCUUGAAAAUCCCUACAAGUGCAUGCAUCUUUGCUCAUAUAAAAUACAAUGCAACAGGGUUUCUGGAGAUGUGUCUUUUUUCCCGUCAGUCUCACAAGGGCGUUACCAGUGGGGACCGGGUGCCGACACAAUUAAAGCCGGGCUGUCACCUGCAAACUGUUUCGAUUCUUCUAUCGUCUGUGAUGCUUCGUCCCUGCAUCUCAAAUUCCGAAUGACCAGCGGAUGUGAAAGUGAAGACAUAGUGGUAACAAUGGCAGGGGGCGAUCUGUUCGAUGAAGUUCUUAAUAGGUACGUGUUUUUCUGGACGUCAGAUGGUCUUGCCCACUUCCUUGUACAUUCCCCAGGUCCUGGACAGUAUGUGCUGAACAUUUGUCAGAGAAUGAGUUGUUCUACAGUUGCUGUCUGCUCAUAUCUAGUCGACUUUACGAGUAAGACGUCAGAUGUUUCCCUCCCCCCUGGAUUCACAGACAGUUUUAACAAACUUGGCACCACCAAGGCAGGUUUGACCGCGGGUUUCAACCAAAACGAGUGGCUCACGGCGUUCUCUACAGCCCCAGUUACGGGCGAGGUCGUUCUUCAGCCGGUAUUCGACCACGAACAUAUCGCCAGCAGCUCCAUACAAUUACGAAUGCUGGGGAGGGACUGCAUGGACAUGACUGUAUACACAAAAUGUAAUCUAGAGGACAAGCUUCUUUCGUGUACGGUUCUACUGCCUAGGAUAGGGACCUACCUUCUUUCCCUCUAUGUAGAGACACCAGACGGUUCAACGGCGUGUUGGCACAAUGCCAUAAUCCUUGCGGAGGUUCCGUGUGCCAACUGGGCGCCGUUUCCGAGCAGGACUCGCGAAGUUCCGCUCAAUUUCUGUCUUCACUCGCCGCUCUCCGGUCAAAUUCCCGCCAAAUCAGAAGUGAUGUUUUCUCUUCAGCUAAACGAGGCUCACGAUGUUGCCGUAGUAACAAGUGGUGGCUGGUUCCAUCUAGAAAAAUCAGACUCCAACUCGUCGUUGUGGACGGGAAAGGUUAACACUGGCGCAAGGGGGACGGAUAUGAGGUUGUGUGCAAGGUUCGAAUCUGGGUCGGGAACGUUCACGCCAUUGUGUAUUUACAAGGUGAUAUCUGGAGAGGAGUACGAGUCUAGAUCUUUACAACAGAGCACACUGAGGGAAAAUCUACUACGUCGGGCAGAGCCGAACAUCAGUUAACACUGAACGGACAGUUUGUGGCUGCUAACAGUAAUUGGUUCUAAGAUAGCGCGUAUCAGCUUGAUGUCACUGAUGCUAGAAGGUAGAGUCAAUCAAUAGUUCUAGGAUGGUAUACACAACUGCUAACAGACUGUCGUGUUGGAUUUUCCAGGUUAUAUCUGGAAAAGAGGACAAGUCUCGAUCGUUACAGCAGAGCACAUUGAGGGAAAAUCAUCUACGUCGGACAGAGCCGGGCAUCAUUUAACACUGAACAGACAGUUCGAAUCAGCUAACAGUUCUGAGAGUCCCUGGUGCUAGAAGCAAGCGUCGGUCAAUAGUUCUAGGGUGGUAUACACAUCUGCUAACAGACUGUCUUGUUCAAGGACCGUCUGCUAACGUCACUGUACCCAAAUCAGGACAAUACCCAAAAUGCGUGACACUUGUGGGAAAACGGCCAAAGAAACUGUCAUGCAUUGCAAAGAAGUACUUUUAUAAAUGCAGUUUUCAUUUGGUAAUACUUUUAUGGCAAUGUAACUGUGUGUAAGCUUCAUUGGCUGCUGAUUAUCG